AUGGAACAAAUUUCAAUCUCUGAGUUAAAAGAUGAACUCAAUGAGAUCGAUGUCGACAGUAUUAAAUUGGAUGCUGUUAUUCAAUUGAAAACAUGGCAAAAGAAAAUGCAUUCACUAAUUAAUAAGACAUACGCAGAUCGUAUGCAUGAAAUUGAUUCGAUAGUAUCGAACGCUGCAAAUGAAGUCAGAGAAAAACAAAAUCAACUCAGACAUUGCCAGAAAAAUGAUCGCGAUACACUUACUCAAUUAAAAGCCGAUAUUGAUUCAUUAAAAUCGAGUAUCGUUAUUAUCGAAUCAAUUCCAGAUAAUUUCGAACAGCGAAUCGAACGUACCGUCCGUGUGUGUACACGUAAUGAAGAUGCUGAUACAGAUGAUGUUUUUAUUGAUGAAGAAGAAGAAGACGAUGAUGAUGAACCUGUUAUCGUGGAUAUCGAUCGACACGAAACGCGAUCUGGAGAUAAAAUUCUUGUUGUUGCCACUGCACCUACACCCGUCUCUACUCGAGAAGGAACAGUUUCAAGAAUCUUCAAUUCUCGACCAGUACAAAAUGCCAUUGCAACCGGUAUCACCAGAACUUUGGUUAAUGUGGGUACAAUCGCUGCUACGAGUACGACCACAGUGGCUGCAACAACAAUGGCUAAAACAGCAUUGAUUGCUACAGCUUGUGGUGUUGGAACAGUGGCAUACGGUGUGGGAAAGAUUGCAAUGGGAACAACAAGAAAAGUUUGGUCACUGGUCAUGUCAUCGGAUGAUUAA